CCUGAGCAGAAGCAGGCAGGUUCCUCCUUUAGGCUGGGACACUGAGGAGACUGCAACUGAAAAAUGGCUGCUUCAAAACCACGUAUCAUCACACUAACCAAGCGUGAGGGACAAAGCUAUGGCUUCUACCUCAGAGUGGAGCAUGGGGAGGAGGGUCACCUGAUUCGAGCUCUGGAGAUGGGCGGCCCAGCUGAACUGGCUGGUCUGAAGGAUGGAGACCGCAUCAUCAGAGUCAAUGGAACGUUUGUGGACAAUCUGGAGCACAGCCAGGUUGCAGAUUUGGUGAGAAAAAGUAGGGUGACUGUCACAUUCCACGUCCUUGGAGAGGAGCCAUAUAAGCAGGCCAAAGCCAACAAUGUGAACCUUGCCGAGCCUCAGUCCCCCACUGGUCAGAGCCAACCCACCAUGAAUGGAGUGUCUGCACCGGCCCCUAAACCUAAACUGUGUUUUCUGCAAAAAUCCAGCAGUGGGUUUGGUUUCUCCCUAAGAUCCACCAAAGGUGAUCAUGGCACAUUCAUGAUAAAUGUAGAGUCUGGAGGAGUGGCUGAUCAGGCUGGUGUGAAGCUGGGUGAUCGUGUAGUGGAGAUAAACGGCGAAAAUGUUGAGAGUGCGUCACAUGAUCAAAUUGUGCAAAAGGUGAAAGCAGCUGGGAAGAGUGUCAUUCUUCUGCUGGUGGAUGAGGACACUGACAAAUACUUCAAGAGCAAAAGCAUUCGACCAGGGGUGUGGCUUGCAACAGUUAGACACCUCCCGCAUAAGCCCUGCAUUGUAGACAUGGUCAAGAGAGCUGAUGGAUAUGGCUUCAUCCUUAAGGAAGACCCUAAUCAUCCAGGCCAUUACAUUGGAAAAAUCGACAAAGGAAGCCCAGCAGAGCUAGCAGGACUCAAGGAUAAGCACCGACUUGCAGCUGUGAAUGGAGAGGAAAUAGAAAACUGCACACAUGAGCAGGUGGUGGACAAAAUACAACAAGGCAACAAGUGCUGCCUCCUGGUGUUGGAUGCUGAAACAGACAAAAUGUACAAAUUGUGUGGUGCUUCUCCACUUCAAUAUUGGGAGGAAAUGAGAGCAUCCUUGCCCAGUCAUCCUGAACUUGAAGCCAGACCUGACCCAACACCAGCCCCAGCUGUGCCCACACCUGACCCAGCAGUACCUGCACCUGCCCCAGCAGAUGUAGACUACAAACCCAAACUGUGCAGACUGGAGAAAACUGCAGCUGGAUUUGGCUUCCAUCUCAAUGGCAUCCAGGGAGUGUCCGGACAGUACAUUAAAGAGGUGGUGAAAGGAGGAGCAGCGGACAGAGCCGGACUGGAGGAUGAUGACGUUGUUGUGGAGGUGAAUGGAGUGAAUGUGGAAAAGAGCACACAUGAGGAGGUUGUGAACCUCAUCCGUAAAAAUGGGGAUGCGCUAGUCUUCCUAGUAGCUGGGAGGGCAGCAUACGACCACCUGAAAUCACAAGGAAUCGCCAUCACCCCUCAACUGCUGAAUAGAGAGCCUGCUGCUGAUAACCCAGCACCAGCCCACGCACCAGAGGAGGAGAGGAAAGAACAGCAUAAAGACACAGGAAAAGAUGAGACAAAAAGACCUGCCACGCCACCCCCUCAAACCCAUGCAAGGACUUCAUCAUCAUCAUCAUCAUCAUCAUCCGAGAGUGAGGAGGAGAGACUCUGAGCCUAAACCAACAGAUCCUGCCAAUAUUCUGUUUUAGAGACAUGUUGGUGCACAGAUCGACCACAAUCUAUUAAGAAGAGGGGAAAUGCCCUUUGAACAAGAGACUCUAAGGUCAUUGAUUCAAGAAUACAGAUCUGUUUUCUAGAAAAUAAUGGUGACAUAGAUUGGAACAGUUUAUUAAGAUUAUCCCUGUGCUGUUGGGCUUUCACUGGUGUCUGUAACAAAGAUUUUAACUUGCUUUAUUAAAAAAGACAAAGAAAAGGG